AUUUUUGAUCUGGAUCAUUGAGCAGAAAGGGGGAGGGGCUCCUUGGCACAAAUUUUUUCACAAAAAUCAACGAUUUCAAGGAGUCGGAGCCAAAAAAAGUCUCAACAAUUUUUUUACAAGCAGGUAUUGAACAAAAACUGCUCUAAUACUACCCCUUCAACCCACUCAACCGGCUGGAAAACGUCUCAACUAACAUCGUGGAAGUUUCCAAUGCAAAAAUAUCGCAAAACCACGUGAAAUUCGUUUCUAAUUCCAAGAAUGGAAAAUGGAAAUCAAUUCGCCAUCCUUCUGCACAAACACACUCCUCUUUCAAACCACCACUCACUAGGCCAACUGCCAAAACGAAAUACGUAGCGGAAGUCCAAGGUCGACGAUAAGAAUGUUUGUGUAGGUCAAUGUCUCCAUUUCGAGCUACUCGUACAAAUUACUAGCAACGCAAUUCCUGCGUAAUCUCGACGUACACAGGCAGGCAGGCACUUAAAAAGUUAUCGACCUGCGAUGCCAUAUACCUAUUUGCACCGUAGCACAUAAAACUAUAUAUAAAAAGACGACAAGAAGACCUCUCCCAUUCACACUUCUUAUUCUUCCUCGUAAGUCGUAACGUUAAUUUGUGUAAAAUCGUUUAAAAAGUUGUUUUUUCUGUCUUCGUCUUCGAAGUAAAUUCUUAAAUAGCGGAUUUUUCAAUUCGAGACGAUAAUCGCUGGACACGUACAGCUGUUGCUGAGGGUAUUAUUGGCUCGUUACGUAAUUCUUGGAAGAUACCGUUGCCGAAUAAUUCGCGAAUACGACCUCGACCUUUACAAUAAGCGAGAUGAACAUCAUCAACGACUCGAUCGUAUCAAAACUCCUACCAUUCGUCGAUGCACAAAACGAGGGCACCUCAUCAAUCCGCUUACUAGGUUGGACCUUGGACGAAAACCUUUUCAAAUCCGGAGACAUCUACACCAGUCAAUUAUGCCGUCUAUGGCUAACCUACGAACACCAGGGAGCUCGCUCGAGUCGUUCGUUUUUCGUCAAAAUCCCAAUAAAUUCGCCGGCUUUCGAAAUCUUCAAAACGAUGGGAAGCUACGACGAGGAGAUCAUCGUGUACACGAAGAUCCUCCCAGCAAUAUACCAAUUUGAAAAGGAGCACUUCACACCACGUUUGUACUAUUCCGACGAGCAGAACAAAACGCUCGUUUUGGAAGAUUUAUCCCAAUCCGGCUUCAAAUGUAUUGCAAGAAGAGACCAAUUGGAUUUCGAGCACUGUUACCACGCUCUGCGAAGUCUAGCUAAGCUGCACGGUUUAUCCGCCGUCGUAGGCAACAAGAACCCUGAAAUUUUACAUUGGAUGAAAUACCAACCGGAGAAAAGCGGAGAUCCGGAGUUUCAUAAAUCAGUCAUGGAUAGAAUCCCUAUGUACAUAGAUAGUCUAUCCGAAGAUAUCAAACAAAAGUACCCAGAUCAAGUGCUCGCUUUGAGAAAUCUCUCGUGGAGUGACGUGGUCGAAGACUAUCUGCGUACAGGACCUCAUAAUUUCUGCGUUUUCGGACACGGUGAUUUCUGGACCAAUAAUAUAAUGUUUAAAUACAACGACACGAGUAACGCUAUCGUACAAAACGUGAGGCUGAUCGAUUUCCAAUUCGGUCACUGGGGUAAUCCAGCCGUGGAUAUUAUUCACUUCGCCAUAACCAGUAUGCGAUUCGAAGUGUACCAAGAAUAUUUCAACGAACUGCUCCGAGUCUAUGUUGAUACUUUGAACGAAAUUCUCGUCAAGUACGAUUGCCCGACUUAUUCGAUGGAGCUUCUGCUUCGAGAUAUCGCAGAGAGAUACAGAUACGCUUGUUUGGUGUUCACUUGCAUUUUACCAGUCAAUUUGGCAGUUUCGGAUGAGCGAGGAAAUGUCGAAAAAGGCGACAGUAGCGAGCAGCAAGCGCCAGACGAUGCUUGGACAAAAGCGUUGAAACGGUCGUACAAGGAGCAGCUUUAUAUCGACGUUUCGACAAAAUGGCUUUUACAUUUCAUUGACAGAGGUUUCCUCCACACCGUUCAAAAGGAACCAGAAGGUGAAAAAUGAAGAUGAAGAAUUGUGAAAUGCACACUCGCCAGGAGCUGUAUUUUUUUUACCAAUAAAUCCCACCGUAAUUGAUAAAUCAUCUUCAUUUUCAUUACAACCAUUACUGUCCACAAUAAUGAAAUAAAUGAUAUAAAAAUUGAAAUAACA